CCCCCCCCCCUGAGGUAUUUGAGUACACAGGGCCAGAAGAACAGUCUUUUCGGCUGAAGGAAUGUCGAUGCAUCUGCAGUCUCACAUCUUUGGUCAUCUAGCCUGAAUGUGGUGUUAAUGGCUACGUUUUAACAGGCUGAACCCUCAACCUUUAUAUCCGUCUGCUGUGUGGUUAGGAGUAUAAGGGCAUGUUUUUCUGUCUAAUAACUGCCCGUUAUAUGCCUUUAUCUAUGUCUGUGUGUUGUGUGAGUGGGUGAAAGGUUAGAUGCAGAACAAGACAGAUAAAAUAUCAAGGAGAUGUGUUAAUUUACGGCUAUAUUUAUUGCGUUAAAGCAAAUAAACAAAGUUGCCAGACAGACAAUCAGUCCGAACUGUAUCUGUAAUGUGCAGCAGUUAUUUGGAUACAAAAUUCAAUGCAAUCAGCCGCGCGUUUUUAACUAAUACUGAUGUAUGAACAAUUAAAUUGGAAUCUUUUCUGUGAAGCGAAUCCACAUUGUUGCGCCAUGCAUGCUCUAUUGGCAGUAAGUAGCUGGGGUUUUAGAGUGACAGGAUGCAGAGUCGAGAUCAAUUUGGUAGCUCUUUCUGUGUGACUGGGGGCAAUAAGCGACUCGGAAACGCCCUGCGAGGCUGUCAGGGGGAGCGCAGCUGGAAAGGCGACCACAGACUGCAGAAAGAGGUAGAGAAGAUACGUGAAUCGGUCUGGAAAUGCCAUGCGCGCCGCGACGCUAAAGUAGAUUUAUCCCACGCAAGAAGUCCGCGUUGAAAGUCCUCAAUGAGAUCUGGGCGAUUUGAGAAACCAUUUAAAGUUAACGUUUUAUAAUCAUUAGUCUUAUAUAAAAAGGCCAUCAUUUCAUGGUAGAGUUAAUCAGUGACGGGUUUUGGAGAAGGGUCCGUCUGCUGAUCGCUCCUCGGGGACGCGCACAUGCGGCUCGCGUUGACAGAACCGGAGGCAUCGGGAUCUUUUAAAGAGCAGCCGAGAAAGCGAUGAACGCAUCUCAUGUGAGCCAUACCGCCACGACCUGGAAAGCGGAGUCCGUCAUCCUUUCCCUGGUCUUCUCGCUCAUCUUCUUAAUCGGCACGGUGGGGAACUCGCUGGUGCUGGCCGUUCUUCUCCGAAACGGCCAGAUGAACACCAAGAGCACCAACUUGUUCAUCCUGAAUCUCGGAGUAGCGGACCUUUGCUUCAUCAUUUUUUGCGUGCCCUUCCAAGCCACCAUCUAUACCAUGGACGAAUGGGUCUUCGGCUCCUUUCUGUGCAAAGCGGUGCACUUCUUAAUAUACCUGACCAUGUACGCCAGCGUCUUCACGCUGGCCGCGGUGUCCCUGGACAGGUAUUUGGCGAUCCGGUAUCCCCUCCGAUCAAGGGAGCUCAGGACCCCGACGAACGCCGUCUUGUCCAUUGGCUGCGUAUGGGGCCUCUCACUGGUCUUCUCGGGCCCCUAUCUCAGCUACUACCAGCAGAUGGCGUUGAACGGCAGCGUGGUCUGCAUCCCCGUGUGGGGGCCCCGGGACAGGCGGGCCAUGGACGUCUGCACCUUCGUUUUCGGCUACCUGGUGCCCGUCUGUGUCCUGGGCCUGACGUACGCCCGCACCAUCCGUCACCUGUGGACAGCCGUGGACCCGCUACAAGAUGCUGGCGAAUCCCGUCGCGCCAAGCGCAAGGUCACCAAGAUGAUUGUGGUGGUGGCGACCCUCUUCUGCCUCUGCUGGCUGCCGCAUCACCUGGUCAUCCUGUGUAUGUGGUCGGGCUGCUUCCCGCUGAACCGGACCACCUACGCCCUACGCAUCCUCUCCCACCUGGUGGCCUACGCAAACUCCUGCCUCAACCCCGUCGUCUACGCCCUGGUGUCCCGCCACUUCCGCAAGGGCUUCCGCAAGGCGUUCAGCUGCCCCGUGCUGCGGCGUGGAAGGGUGGCAGGCCGCGUGCACGCCGUGCUGCCUGCACACACUGCCAGCGUGGCAGAGCAGGCCACCGUGGAGGUCUCCCAGGCCCGGCAGGGUGUCCCCGGCACGAGCUGCCGAGUUAAGGCAAGCGGCACCUUUUUGACUUUCAAUGUGACAUAGUCACUCGUGUUCCCACUCCACCCUUGUCUCUAGGUUCCUGCCACUUCUGGAAUAUUCCACACCUGAACACUAAGAGGGUUUGUUCUCCUUUAGUUACAGAUCAUUAGGGGAGAGGAUUUUACUGACAGGGGGGCUUUGAUGUUUGCUGUGUGUUUGCUUUGUGAUUCUACUUUGUAAGUGCCGGGGGGGCGGGGGGCUGUUUCCAUUGGUAGAGUGCAUUGUACUUUACUCCACGAUGAAGUGGAAACCAGCUUAGAAGCGCCCUCACGCACAUUUAGGGUGAUUAACACGGUGUCCCAGGACCCCGCUGCCUCUACACCGACAUUAGAGCCCGGCAGCCAUGACUCUCCCAGACCACCUGUCCUUCGCAGCGCACUGCAGCCGCCACUGACUGUCGACAAAAACAAAACAGGGUCAAUUUAACGCUCACUUACCGCCGUCGGCAGUGCGCAGUGCAGCUGCGUCAUAUCGAUGACUUUCUGGAAAGAUGGAGCACAAACGAGCUGAAGACAAACAAGAAAAAUGAUUCUAGUAAAACCGAAAUGUAGCCGCUUACUGCUGAUUAAGCUGGAUACACAUGCGGCUUCGACAAAAUGUAUUUAAUCUGUAAAAUGAUCCCCCCCCCCCCAUGUCAUCUUUUAACAACAAGAGGCUGUCAUCACCUUAUCUUUGAUUCUACGAAAUUGCAGGAUUGUAUUGAAGGGUAAAUGACCUGUACGCCUUGGCCGUUCAUAGUAGACUGCACAUUGGCAGUCAGUUCUGUGAUUUAGUGUGUUUUGUUGAUAUGAGAAUGGUUUUAUUUUCAAAAGAAUAUUUGGUAACUCUUUACUUAAAGCUGCCAUCUAUAGUGCACUUCAUAGUGCAUUAUAAAGGUCGGUAUAUCAAUUCAUAAUGCACUAUAGCAUCUUCUAUGGAGAGUUAUAAGGCAUUAUAGUGUUGAUUAUAAUACUUCAUAAGCUCCAAUGAAACUCAUAUCUAUAAUUCACUAUUAAUACCUUCAUAAUGCAUUAUAAUGAUUGGUAUAAGAAUUAAGGAUGCUUUGUACUGCAUUAUGGAGGUAUCUAUAGUGCAUUAUAAAUGAGAGCUUCAUAAAGCAUUCAUAAUGCAUAAUAAACAAAGCUAUAAUGUCUUAUGACUUUUCAGAAAUAUUUUUAGCCUUGUUUAUAAUCCUCUAUGAAUGCAUUAUAAUGUGAUAUACAUUCUUAUACACAUGGCAUUCGCAAAAAGUCUUACUGAAUAUUUUUGUUUUGUCAUGCCCGUUUUUAUAUUGUGUGAACCAUAUUAACUGUUCAGUUCUGUGGCUCACAAAUAAAUUCUC